AUGCUUCAGUCAUUUAAGAAGACGUUUGUAGGGGGUCGGAAAAAUCACACACACGCAGCGUCGCACAAUGCAGGCAAUGCAGGAGCAGCUGCAGUAAGUGCCGCUUCGGGGGGAGCGGACGCUGUGGGAAGCCCGCAUCCGCCUGCAGGCGCCGCGAAUCCAACGGCUCUCGUUUGCCGCGUCCCGAACGAGAUUGCGCAGGCAGAUUUGUCGCAUUUCGCGGAGGAGGCAUUCAUCCAAAAGCUUCACCUCUGCAGUUACCUCUUUGAUUUUAACGACCCCAUGAAAAACAUGGAGGGGAAGGAGAUUAAGCGGCAAACUCUCCUUGAGCUAGUCGACUACGUCAAAUCCGGAACGGGGAAAUACAACGAGGCGGUAUUCAAAGGCAUCACGCGGAUGUUGGAGGUUAAUCUCUUCCGGCCGUUACCAUCGUCCGCGCACGAGAUGUCCGAGUCGGAAUCAAUCGAUCCGGAGCUAAAGAAGCCGACUAUGGAAGCCGCGUGGCCGCAUCUGCAAAUAGUAUACGAGUUCCUGCUUUGGUAUGUUGUCUCUAGUAGCGAGACCGACGCGGACGACGUGGCGAAGCGUUACAUAGACCAGGAGUUCGUCUUAAAGCUGCUGAACCUGUUCGACUCGGAGGACCCUCGCGAGCGGGGCUACUUGAAGACUAUCAUGCACCAGAUUUACUUGAAAUUCAUGGAGGAGCGAAAGCAGAUCCUGGAGCGAGCGCUGGUUCCGCUGCACAAGCCUAAGUGCGUGUCGAUGUACCACCAGCAGCUGUCGUACUGCAUCACUCUGUUUGUGGAAAAAGACCCGAAUCUUGCGGAUUCGGUGCUGCUCGGGUUGCUUGAGUUCUGGCCCUUAAGUAACAACCAGAAUGAGCUGCUUUUCCUGGAAGAGUUGGAGAAGAUUUUGGAGCUCACGCAGGAGCUCGAGUUCCACUUGGUGAUGACGCCGCUGUUCCAGCAGAUCGCGCUCUGCCUCAGCUCCUCCCACUUCCAGGUGGCGGAGCGCACGCUGCGCCUGUGGGGCAACGACUACAUCGUGGCGCUCGUGGCUCAGAACCACGACACCAUCUUGCCGCUCAUCGUUGCUGCUCUGGAGCGCAGCGCUGAAAGCCACCAGAAUCAGCUCUCACUUCUCUCCCCUCACCCACUCCUCUUCCUCCUCUCUCCCCCUCCUCUCCCUGCUCUCCCCCACACCUCUCCCUCCAUUCCUUUUCUCUUCCCUCCCCUCUCCUCCACUCCUCCACUUCUCUCCCUCCUCUUCCGAACUACCUUCCCCCCUCACUCUCCCCGUUCCACCCGUCCCCCUCCUUUCUGCCCAGGCAGUGAAAGAGCUGGCCAUCAACGUUCGCAUGAUGUUUCUUGA